AGGCGCACGCCUCGGGGAGCUUCUUGCGCGCCAGCAUGCGGCCGGAGAUCGUGGCCAGAUCGCUCGCCAAGGUAGAGGACGAGUGGAAGUCGCAGGAUUCCGGCUCUACGUCGAGUGCAACGCCACGGCCAGCAGCCGGGCCGACGCCGAGAAGUGCGACGCCGCGCCCAGGGCGUUCGAGCGCGCAUGCGGGACAAUUGUGUCCGCGGUCGUGCAGGCAAGCAACGGCGACCACAGGGUCGUGCGCGAGUACAUGGACUGGCCCCGCCGCGGCCCCGCCGCGGGCUGGCGCGCGGGCCGCUGCCAGCUGCUGGCCACCUCGGUCCUCGCGGGCAUGACGGAGGACAACUACGACAAUCGCGAGCACCUCAAUGCUGCGCCUCUGUGCCAGAGCUUCUGGGCGCGCUUCAGUUCCGAGGAACACGACCUGAUCCGGAAGGAGGCCGCCGAACGGGAGGCGGAGGAGAAGCGGCUGGAGGAGGAACACGCGCAGGAGGCGAAGGCGGUUGCCGACCAGGCCCUUGAGGAGGAGAAGAAGCGCCAAGAGG